AAUUUGUUUAUUUAAAAUAUUUGUUUCAAAAUGACCACCGAGGAUUUACUUAAAGUAAAUUUACUGUGUAAUUAUGCCACAACAUUAAAUGGCGAUUCACAUGCAAAGCUCUUAUUAAAAUCUCAUUACAUAACUACUAGUAAAAAAAUAGUCAAACUGCAGCCAGAAAUACAAGUGGCAAAUUUCAAUGUUUCGCAAAUGUGUCCACGUUGUUCUUGUUACUGGAGUGAAAAUGAUUACAAACUGAAAUUGCAUCCACAAAAAGUAAAUAUGAAUGGAAAAACUAAAAAGUUACUAUCAAAACUACAAGCAACAAAAACUGGUGAAAAGCCUUUCCGUAAUAAGAAACAAAAAAAGCGAGCAAAAUGGUUGCAAAAACGGUGCACGAGUAAUGUUGAUAUACUUUGUAACUUCUGUCAUAAAACGUCACAUAUUCCAUUGGUAAAAGCUAACAAAACAAAAACUGUCCCGAAUAAUAACUUAGAGAGUGCAGAAAUUAAGAAACCAAAGAAAAAGAAGCCAAAAAAGAAGGACAACACAGCUGGGUUGAAAAUUGUUGAGCCAUCCGUGAGUAAGCGUCUGUCAGAAAUAUCUACAGAUAAGCAUCACAAUUCAAAUAUUACUGCUACAAAAACGAAGAAAAGAACUGUAAAUAUAGAAAACAAAACAGUAAACAAUAAUAAUACUCCAAAGAGCAAUAAUGCUCUAUUAAGCAAAACAUUGAAGUCAUUGAAAACAGUUAACAAUACUAAUACUCCAAAGAGCAAUAAUGCUCAAUUAAGCAAAACAUUGAAGUCCAACAAAAAUAAAAAGAAAAAGAAUAUAACAACGACAGUUUCAGUUGGUCAGAAGAUUCAAUCCAAAACCCAACAGCAAAACUCUUUGCUGCAACUAGCCGCCUUACUCAAGCAGCAAUCUUCAAAAUCUGCUACUACCACAACACCGAAUCGUUUAGAUUCAUUACUUAAAUAAAGUCUACUACGUGGAACAAUUUGUAGUUAAUGUAAAAAAUGGAGCUGUAUAAUCAGUUGUUCCAUAAUGUACUUGCUCUAUAUUAAUUUUUAAUGA